AAACAAUGUACAGACAACACAGUUCAUGAGAGUUAGGGAUUGAGUGAACGCGAAAGAAACACUCGAAAACUAACGUUUUUACCCUACCAGUGUUCGUUAUUACUAAUUUACAACGUGUGUAGCGUUGUUAAUUUUCUGACGCUCACGCUACCGCUCCACGUGUCUCGGUUUGACAACCACAAUUGUUGCCUGUGUUUCAUGACUGUUGGCCUACAGUUUCUGUUGCCAAUACUUGAGAUUGUAGGAGAAUGAGAAAUGUCGUUAUCGGAGCGGCGCCCUUCAAUCCUUACUCUUGCCAGCAUCAACUACCCCGAUUUGUUAACGUCAUGUAUUGAGCCGCAAGGACCGGCAGUGAUCGUACAAGCCACCGAUGGACUUCCACUAACACCAAUGCUAUGCACAGCAUUACAGAGCCCAGAAGAAGACUAUCUAGGUGUGGAGGAGGCUAGAACCUUUAAAGAACUUGCCAAUGCAUGUAGUGAAGGUAGCGAUAGUAUCCUAGCAACCCCGAACACAGUACCGUUUCCUGCGGCAGGAGAGACCAUCCUAGCAGCUAAGGCGUUGCUCGAUAUUUCACCAACUUCAGGAGAAGCAAAAAAAUUCCCAAAUGUUUUAAAAGAUGCAGAUAUUAGUCAAUUUAUCAAGAAAGAGGAAGAUGAAAAUGAUCUCUCAUUGAAAUCUGAUGAUCUAACCGAUAGCAUCUUCCAAACCCUUCAACUCUCAAGUAGCCUGCCAUUUAUUCCGCCUGGUCUCUGCUCAGGGACCCAAUUAGACUUCAAACCAGAUUGUUACUUCAAACUGACAGGUAGUGUGUUCGAAGAUCCAAUUGAAACUACAAAUCAUGUACCUGUUAUACAGACAACACAUCAUUCGUUAGCACAGACUUAUCCGGAACUGGAAGUUACAAUAGAGCAUGGCAUUGUCGAUGCAGAAGUAAACAAUAAUAAUUGUAAAUCUAGCAAACGUUCACCAACAAGACGAGGGCGCCCAAGGAAUAGAUCAAAAUCAGAAUUUUCCCUACACAACUCAAAUGGUGGUGCGAGAAAGAAGGCAAAAGAUGGUCAUACAACAUAUUUAUGGGAGUUUCUAUUAGAACUUUUACAAAAUAGUGAAACUUGUCCAAAGUUUAUCAAGUGGACAGAGCGUGACCAAGGGAUUUUCAAGUUAGUUGACUCGAAAGCCGUGUCAAGGUUAUGGGGACAGAUGAAGAACAAACCAGAUAUGAACUAUGAAACAAUGGGAAGGGCUUUAAGGUACUACUAUCAACGUGGAAUUUUGUCAAAGGUCGACGGACAAAGAUUGGUUUACCGCUUCUGUGAAAUUCCAAAGAACAUUGUUGAGAUUGAUUGUAAUUGAGCAUAUUUCUGACAGUACUAACACCUCAACCACUGUAAAAACCAUCCCUUUUGUAAAAUUGUAUAUAGAAAAUUCACAUUUUUGAGGAAUAUAACAAAUAAGGACAUGUAAAAAGGAGAUCACACUUGCUGUAGAAAGAAGAAUACGUACGACGACUUAGUGAAAUGCGUUUAUAAACAUUCUUUCAGAAGAACUUUUUACAUGUUUAUGAUGACGUUCGUGAUGAAACCACAAAAGAUUUUACUUCACUGGCUGUUAACUUUGAGCUAAUUCAAAGAUGUGUGUUUAUUAACAAUGUUGGAUGAUCCAAAUCUCCAGUUGCCUCCAAAACUAGUUGAUUUAUUUGUUAAAUCGUUUAGGUUGUACUUUAUUUCUAUAUUGUUAAAGAUAUACAGUCUGUGUUGUGCUUAUUCACGGCAGAGUUGUUAAAUUACAUGUACAAGUACAUAAAAAAUACAUCAUGCUUGCUUUCCAAUCCCGUGGUCCUGUUUUGGUUUUUUUUUCAUUAUUAAAACAACUGUUCUCCCUAAGCCUCAAUAUGAGACCUGGUCUAUCAAGCAUCAUGUGUUUUUAUUUGUCAUGUGAAUGGACUGCCGCCUAUUUAACAGGGCAGUGACUUGGUCGCUAUUGGUGUAACCACGGCCAUGUGCCUAAAGGAAUAUAAUACAAUAAAAUUAUAUAAACUUAUUUGUUCAGCCAAUUGACAGUGUAUAUCUUUAAUAUUAUCCAUCUUCUUCUCUCAAUAAAAUUAGCAUUUUAAUUUAUUUUAUUUUUUAUAUUAGAAAAUGAUAAAAACGUAGGGUAAGAGAAUAGGAUAUAAUAUGCUGGUGUUUGUUGGUAUUGGAAUGGUUUAAAGUUACCAGUUGAUUUUAUCUUUAUUGAAAAAGGUAUUACCACUGGUAUUAAUGUAGACAACUUUUAGAUAACAUUACGCUGAUGCAGAUGAUUGAAAAUAAUAAUAUAAGAUGUAUAUAGAAAGGAAAAACAAAAAAAUUAUCAAAGCUUUUUUAAGAUUAAUACAUAUUUUCCUUUUAAUCUCUACUACCAGAAUAAUUAACAUAUAUAUUGGUGGUGACCUUUGCAGAUGUGCAAGGAGCCAGUCCUUACCUAAACAUAUUGGGUAACAAAAAAACCUUCCAAUACAUUGUAUUUUACCAGCUUAAACUAUUUUUUCAAAAGAAUGUUAAUAGAAGUUUAUGAGAACUCACAUGGUUCCAUUAGGAAAUGUUAUAUAUAUAUUAUAUUAAAAGCAUAAGUGUAUAAAUAUUUUAAAUAGUUAUUUUUAUUGUUAUUUUUUAUAUGUAUCCUAAUUUGUGUCAGACAACACAAAAUGCUUUGUUUUGCAACCCUCAUCUAAUUAAGAUAAUAUUCUUGUUUAAUUUUAGUAUACCAUGCUUGUGCAGAUAUACUUUAUGCUGUGGAAGUGAAAUACCUGUGCAAUACUCCUUUUACACUGCCAAGGCAGAAUAAACCUGUGUUAAUUCUGGAGUGAUCCAGGGUGCAUUUCCCAUUCACAUUGAUUAAAAAAGUCUGGGUUGCUUCAGAGUUGCUCCCAUUUUACACCGGCAACGUACUCGGGUUCAAAUACCGCCCUAAAAUUUUUUUGCGAUGGUGAUGAUCGCUUCACUCGAGUUCCUCGUGACGAAGCCGCAAUUAUUGUCAAUAUUGAAGGAAUUUAUAUGUAACUCUGGAAUCAUAUUCGCUGUUUACACUGGCGAUUCCGGAAUGCAUCCUGGUUGUCCAACGCUGAAUGCGUCCUGCACAUUGAUCCGGGGAUGUUUGGCAACCUGGGUUGUAUUUUUUGACGUUUACACCAACCACAACUCAGGAGUUUUUUUAGCCCAAGUAUUGCAAAAUCCCAGGUUGUGUCCGGUGUCUUGCUUGCAGUGUAAAAGGGGUAUAAGAAAUUCCUGUGUGAGAUAAGACAGCAUAUCAUUUGGCAGCAUGCCAAGUACAGUGUGUUGACAGAUAACCAAUGGCUGAUAGCACGCUGUCCAGUAAGAGUAAUUUGACCUUAGUUUGACCUGCAAACUACAGUAUACUCGUGCUCCUUUCAGCAACUUAUUUUUGCUUAUGUGGCAAACAAGCCAGACCAGUCACUCGUCGCAAAUCCUGUUUCAGAGAUAACGACCAAAAUAUGCUGGAAUAUUUUUUGAAAUCUAUUGCACUAAACUAACCUUUAUAUAUCGUGCUAUGUUGUUAUUUUCCCCAUUUUCAAUGUUAAAGCAACAAUGUUUAACGAUUUGUUGAUAGUUUCUGCCUGAGAAAUGCUCGAAAUCAUAAAUUUUAAAGGCUGAUUUCUUAAAUAUUGUUCUUUAAAUCAGCUGUAUGUUUAAACUCCUGUAACUUCAUAAUGAAAUGCCAGAUUAAAUGGUUCUUUUACGAUUUUUAACCUCUCAUUUUAUUUGGUGAUGGUUUCUACCUGAAAAAUGCUGGAAAUCAUAAACUUCAUUCUCAAAUAUUGUUCUUUAAACAUCUGUAUGUUUAAACACCUGUAACUUCAUAAUGAAAUGCCGGAUUUUAAUCAUUCUUUUACCAUUUUAUAGCUCUCCUUUUACUUUACUACUAAGUUUAUUUUUGCGAUGGGUGACUGGUUUGGCUUGUCUUUGCCACAUGUGCUAUGUUCAUUGACUUAACAUUUAGUAAUUACAGUUGAUUGUUCAAAUCAGGUUCCCUUGUUAUUUCCCUUCAAUUUUUCAUUAAAAUUUGUAUGUUCUGAUACAUACAAACUAUAUACACAUUGGCAUUUUCACCAUUGCUUAUUGAAAUUUGCCGUUAAUAUAUGUUAUUCUUAAUUCAUAUGUUAUAUUUAUACAUUGCUCAGAAUGCCGCAAGAACCAGUAGUAACUGAUAGUUAACAUUUUGCUGAUUCUGUAUGUUAAGGAAAAAUUCAACUUUUAAUAUCAAUAAUCUUCCUUAUGCAAAUAUAAUAUACUGUAUGAAAUUAUUUUCCAAAACUUAGGCUUUUGCUGCCAAAGAUCUUUCAUUUUUUCCAAAAUUUGUGUAAAAAGGGAUGGGCCUAGACAGAAGUAGUGUUUGGAUUUAGUGGGAGUGUUUUGAAAGCAUUGAUUGGUGCUUUAUUUUUUUUUUAGGCAGAUGUAGAUUUACAAUGGCUGAAUUUUUAUUAGUAACUACCUGGUAGUUUUCAUAUUACUGUAUAUUCAUGUGUUAUAGAAAUUAUCAGAGCACUUCCACUACCUUCUGUUCUAAAGUGGAGAGAAAAUGUCGAAAGUCAAGUAAAAUUAUCAAUAGAGAGCUUUCAAUAGCAUGACGAUGGUAGGACGUAGAACAUAAUGACGUCACUAAGAGUCAUUUGCACAUGCGAGAAAGUAAAAUUCUUGCGAGUGGAAUCUGGGACGCAAUUUGGCCAAAUUUACGUAUGCAGAGAACGCAAGAUGCCCAGUAGGACGAUUGUUAUGCUCCCUAGUAAAGUUUACUUGACCCUACUUGUUAGAUGACCAUAAGUCCAGGAUUUUUUCUACUGUGGGUGUGAAGAGCUUGAUUAGAGAUUUCUUGAUGCUGCUGGGGUGAACACUCUUUUUGCCACACUCUAGAUCCACUAUUGGCCUUUCAUAUGAGUGUGCUGCCCUCUAUUGCCAGGCUUUUUCCAAUAGAAGUAUCUAUGUACUAAUAAUAUGAUCUGUAUUCGGUCAAAUGGGACUGUGUAUCGGACCAAUGUGUUGAGUGGAUACUGUAUUGUUUUUCUUAGCUAGCUUCUGUAAGUUUUAUAUUAAAUUUGACUUGACUGGACAACACAACUUCCAUCUACCUACCGUAAGAUUGUUAUAUAUUUUUGUUUAGUGUAAGGGAUUUUACUUCAAAUACAAAUUGACAUAUUUGGA